AGAGAGAGAUCACAAAAAAGCUAGAGAGAGAAAGAGAGCGAUGAGCGAGAGGUAUCCUAACUGCAAGCGAGAGCUUGAAACCUCGAGCGAAAGCAUCUCACCGUUCAAAAAGAAGAAGCUCGAUGAUUAUUCGUUAGCAGCGGACUCUCUUCCUUCGCCUUCUGUGGCUUCAUCGGAUGAUUCAUCUCGAGGCGGAUGCUCUGUUACCUUAGCGGGAGAAGACGAUGAAAAGAGCUCUAUCAUCAUCUCCGGAUGUUUUAGCACUGAAUCAAACGAAAUCGCGAGGGAAAGUCUGACUGUUGCUUUAGAUCUGGAGGCUCGUGAAAUCUCAGAAACAGAAACUUCAACAACAUUCGUCACCAGAAAUUUAAGAGAAGAGGUUAAUCCAGGGAGUGAAACAACAGAGAUGGAAUCAUCAUCGGCGACGGAGAGAGAUGAUCGGAAAACAUCACCGGAAGUGAGUAAGAGUCCGACGCCGGAAGCGAUUGAAGAGUUUUUAUCGGAGCUAGAGAGUAAAGAUCAGAAACGAUUCAUAGAGAAGUACAACUUCGAUAUCGUUAAUGACAAACCGCUCCAAGGUCGUUACAAGUGGGAUCGAUUUAUGCCAUGAAAAAUGGCGUCAAUUAAAAUAGCAUGCGGAAGAAAGAAGAAGAAGAAUAAAAUAGGUUUUAUUUCUACUUACAUUCCACUUGUACAGCUUUCUCUAAUCAGUUUAGCCUAUGUUAGUUGUACAAAACAAAAUGAAAAAUACAAGCUUUAUGUCGGGAUUUAUGAUCUUGAUUAAGUAAUCUCUAUGGGUUUUUAUUUUAAUUGCAUGAGUAUGGAAAGGUUGUUCUUGUUUGGAUUUUAAAACAUUGGAUUGGAUGC